ACGCUCAUUCCGCUUCGACGCCAUACCGGGCGCCGUCGAGCCCUGCCGUCACUGGAGCCCCGCUGACCUUUCCAACUGCGCGCCCUGGAGAAAUGGCCCAGCGGCUCCUGUGCGCGCCUCUCCUCAGCCGAGGCCUCCGGAGUCCGAGAGCAGCCGCGGGGACCCCCGCCGUCGUUAUGCAGGCGAGCUCGGCCAGCUCGAGUGCCGGAGAGCCGCCCGGAGAAGGAAGAAGGAAUGUAAUUACUGAAAUCCGAGGGACCAUAAUGACAAUUGGCAUCAACAGGCCAGAAGCCAGGAAUGCUGUGAACCAGGAGACUGCAGGAUUGCUGGUGGAGGCUUUCAGAUCGUUUGAAGAGAACAGCACGUUGACUGUGGCUGUGCUUCAUGGGUUGGGUGGCAAUUUUUGUGCUGGUUAUGAUUUGAAGGAGUUGGCGCACGCCCCAGCCUCUAUCAAAUUGGAACAAGAUGUCACCCAAACGCCUGGCCCCAUGGGUCCUUCGCGGAUGAAGUUUUCUAAGCCAGUGAUUGCUGCGGUGAGUGGAUAUGCAGUGGCUGGUGGGCUUGAGCUGUCCCUCUUGGCUGACUUGCGUGUGGUAGAAGAAAGCGCUGUCUUCGGAGUGUUCUGUAGGCGUUUCGGUGUUCCGCUGAUAGAUGGUGGCACUGUUAGACUACCAAAGCUAAUAGGCCUUUCGCGUGCGCUGGAUCUCAUUCUCACUGGGCGGCCUGUUGGUGCGCAGGAAGCAUUUCAGCUUGGACUGGCUAAUCGAAUAGUUCCCAGUGGCCAAGGCCUCCAGCAUGCCAUUGAAUUAGCAGAACAAAUUUCAGCAUUUCCCCAGCACUGCAUGCGCGCAGACAGAAAUUCUGCUUACUACAGUGCGUUUGAUGCCUCUUCCUUCACUGAAGCCAUGCAGUUUGAGUUCGACACUGGAGUAAAGGUGGUAUUAGAAGAAUCUGUUCCUGGUGCUAACAAGUUCAGCUUGGGGCACGGGCGUGGUGGGGCAAAGUUGUAGCAGUUGCGUAUAAUGGCUCUUCGCUUUGAACGCCCGCUUUAUAAUAGAAAUAAAUCUAUGUUGCACUUGCAAAAUAAGAAAAGCCACAUGCAGUAUAUAUGCAUAUCCCACUGAAAUGCAGCCUUUAAAAAUGUUUUAUAGAAAAUCCACACUUGAACUAAUGCUAAUGAGGGCUAUAUUUUUCAAAAAUGUAAACGUACUAAGAAUUGCCAGCUAUUUGUAUAUUUAAGGCCUAAAAUGGUCACAGAAUCACUGCAAUUCUUACCCGGAAGUAAGUCCCAUUGAACUCAAUAGGAUUUAUUUUGAGCAGACAAAUAUAGGACUGCUCUAUUAGUGUUUUUAAAUGUGCCCAUGACAAUAUGUGUUAAUUAUUGCUUCUGAACUCUCAUA